AUGUCGUCCAAGCUAGAAAGGGUUCUACGUGUCUUUUCUUCUUCACUCUUCUUCUCUAACGCAGCACAACGAACGACGUCGCUUCGUCAGCUCCAUUUCUUCGGCUCCGCUCAGCAGGACCAGAAAUUAGUUGAGAUUGGAUUUGUCAGUUGUUAUAGCUAUUUGAAUGUGCAAGACAUGGAUGACAUACAAGAAGAUAUCAUAAAAGGGAUGCAGGAAUUGAAAUUUGAAGCGAUGGCACUCUCUUUUCCUCAAGAAAUCAUACAUGGGAUCCUACUUAGGCUACCCGUUAAAUCUUUGAUCAAAUGCACCUCAGUGUGCAAGGCGUGGAGGUCCAUGAUCAUGAACAAAAGAUUUACCCGCGCCCACCUCAGCCAAAGUAAUAACAUGAACGACAGGCACCUCUUCCUAGUCCACAGGGUUUCUGGUAGAGAGAGCUCCACUAGCGGCCACAGAGCCAUCGUAAGCAAAGUAACAGAAGAGGUUUAUUCUCUGCAUUAUGAUAACCAGGCUUUUGACGAGUAUGCCAAGAUAGAAUUUCCAAUUGCUCCAAAGCAAGAAGUGCUCAAUGAACAUCUUCGUGUGGUUGGCACUUGUGACGGGCUAAUCUGCCUUGCGGAUGAUAUGUUCUGUUAUUGUUACAACUUCUUUAUAUGGAAUCCAGCCAUUAGAAAGUUAGUGACCCUUCCCAGGCCUGCUAUUACCUUUAGGACACAUGGUGGGUACAAUGCUUCUAUUGGGUUCGGUUUUGAUGCUAAUACCAAUGACUAUAAGGUUGUGCGAGUUGUAACUUUACAGCAUGAAGGUGUGGGGCCAACUCUUGCUGAGGUUUAUUCACUAGCUACUGGCUCAUGGACCAGUGUUGGUUCUGUUACUCCUUCAUGUCAAUUAAGUCGGGCAUCCCAAGCUUUUGUUAAUGGGGCUCUUCACUGGCCUGCACUCCGUCGAACAGAUUAUGGCUCUAACUAUUUUAUCUUGACAUUUGAGGUGGGCAGUAAGUUAUUUCGCGAGAUACGGGUGCCAAAGAGUUUAAUAGAAUAUAAUUACCACCUGGGAUUAUGGUUGUCUAUUUCAGGAGAUGGAAAAUCCAUUGCUCUGUUCUCGAUGGAUUACAGAUGUGAAGACUCUUUUCUUGAAAUAUGGGUGAUGAAAGAGUAUGGCAUGGAGGAGUCAUGGACCAAAUUGAUUACUCUUGGUCCACAAGGGCCAGAAAGACUUCUACCCAGGGCGUCAUGUUUUAGGAAGAACGGUGAAGUAUUAUUGAUACUUUCUGGAGCUAGGGUAGCAUUUUCUACAGGUUCAAUACUUAGUAAUCAAUAUACUUUUUAUGGACACCGCGCAAAAUCAAAUCACGAGUUAGUAUCGCUAGACCUUGUGAGCAAAACCAUUAAAAAUCUUGGGAUUUCUGGAGAAGCAUAUCAAUAUUGCAACGUUGAUUCCUACAAAGAGAGCCUUGUCUUAUCUGACCAGACAGAUGCAGUUUCGUACCAAGAGAAAGAACAGAUUUGUAGUGCUGCAACGUCGUUUUCCUUCAUUGCCUGA